CUCCUGUGCCUGGGCGGGGACCCCUCCUACCCCAUCUCUGCGUCCUGGGGCUUGCUGGCUGGUCGGGGCCGGGCAGGGCUUGCUGCAGCCAGGGAAGUGGUUUGAAUGGUGGCUACGCUUUGGCUUGUUGCUUCCCCCCCUUCCCCGGUUAUUUCUAACCUCAGGCUCGGGUCCGGGCUUCUUCUUUUCAUCACGAUUUUGGGCGCUGGACUUCAGUUUGAAACACAAAGAUCACUUCUGUCAAGCUGGAAUGUUAGUUUCAGUUUCUCAAGACUUCAGAAUCGGAAAGCCAAAGGGAACAGUAUAAAUCCAGGCAAACCUUUGGUGCCCAUUUAUAUACAAGAUCUGCUGAGUCCAUUUUUCAGGGAGCAAUCUUUUCUGUUGUUUCUUCGGUAUCCAGUGUGACUGAGUUGAUCACCAUGAAUGUGACAAGCUUAUUCUCCUUCACAAGCCCAGCAGUUAAGAGGCUGCUGGGAUGGAAGCAAGGGGAUGAAGAAGAAAAAUGGGCAGAGAAAGCUGUUGAUGCAUUAGUUAAAAAACUAAAGAAGAAAAAAGGUGCUAUGGAGGAACUGGAAAAAGCAUUAAGCUGUCCAGGUCAGCCCAGCAACUGUGUUACAAUUCCCCGUUCCCUGGAUGGCAGGCUUCAAGUUUCGCACCGGAAAGGGCUACCACAUGUGAUUUACUGUAGAGUGUGGCGCUGGCCAGACCUCCAGAGCCAUCAUGAACUGAAACCACUGGAAUGCUGUGAGUUUCCCUUCGGUUCAAAACAGAAGGAGGUUUGCAUCAAUCCCUACCACUACAAACGGGUGGAGAGUCCUGUUCUUCCUCCAGUGCUGGUUCCAAGACACAGUGAAUACAACCCUCAGCACAGUCUCUUGGCUCAAUUCCGCAACUUGGGACAAAAUGAGCCUCACAUGCCACACAAUGCCACUUUCCCGGACUCUUUCCAGCAACCCAACAGUCAUCCAUUCCCCCAUUCCCCCAAUAGUAGUUAUCCCAACUCCCCUGGAAGCAGCAAUAGCACCUAUCCACACUCUCCUGCUAGCUCGGAUCCAGGAAGUCCUUUCCAGAUGCCAGCUGAUACUCCCCCUCCUGCUUACCUGCCUCCGGAAGAUCAGAUGACACAGGAUGGCUCACAGCCAAUGGACACCAACAUGAUGGCACCCUCAAUUCCCCCAGAAAUAAAUAGAGGAGAUGUUCAGGCAGUUGCUUAUGAAGAGCCAAAACACUGGUGUUCUAUUGUCUACUAUGAGCUGAACAAUCGUGUUGGGGAGGCAUUUCAUGCCUCCUCCACCAGCGUGUUGGUAGAUGGUUUUACUGAUCCUUCAAACAACAAGAACAGAUUUUGCCUUGGGCUGCUCUCUAAUGUUAACCGGAAUUCCACCAUUGAGAACACCAGGCGGCAUAUUGGCAAAGGAGUUCACCUCUAUUAUGUUGGGGGAGAAGUGUAUGCUGAAUGCCUUAGUGACAGCAGUAUUUUUGUUCAAAGUCGAAACUGCAACUAUCACCAUGGGUUCCAUCCAACCACAGUUUGUAAAAUUCCCAGUGGCUGCAGUUUGAAAAUUUUCAACAACCAAGAGUUUGCUCAGCUUCUGGCUCAAUCAGUGAACCAUGGCUUUGAAACAGUGUAUGAGCUUACUAAGAUGUGCACUAUCCGUAUGAGUUUUGUAAAGGGUUGGGGAGCCGAAUAUCAUCGCCAAGAUGUAACAAGCACUCCGUGCUGGAUUGAGAUACACCUGCAUGGCCCCCUUCAGUGGCUGGAUAAAGUUCUUACUCAGAUGGGCUCACCUCAUAAUCCUAUUUCCUCUGUGUCUUAAAGGGUCCCAAGCUUCUGCAGUUUGGAAACUAUUGAGCCUUGCAUGUACUUGAAGGAUGUAUGAGUCAGACACAUGUAUGAACUGGCAGCAGCUAAAUAAGAGCCUUGAUAAUACUUGACCUCUGUGACCAACUUUUGGAUUCAGGGAAAAAGCACGCAAAAAAAAAGCCUUUAACACACUGUUGGUGUCAAGAAUUUCAGUUUACAUUGUACCAGUCUCUUGUAAAAUUGAUACAUGCAAAUUGUUUAGCAGGACUUUGUGUAAUAGUUAGGGAUGACCAAGCUAAUAAUCUUUUAGACAGUGUUCCCAAGGGAUCUUCCUUGGCACUCUGAGGUCACCUUUCUUUUAUAUGUUCAGCAUUCAUUGUUUGUGUUCUCUGGGGUUGAUAGCCCUUAUUGAUGAAGUCUGCUUUCCACAGGCUUUCUACAAAAUAUUUUAAAACCAUUUGUCUAGUAAUAGUUUGCUGUUCCCUUGAAAGAAAGAGAGAAGGGGGGGGUGGGAGGUUUAACAAUGGUCAUGUGUAAUAAUCUUUAUGAAAUUGUGUACUGACCAUACUGCUGUAAGAAUAAUGUUAGGUAUGCUCUUUGCUAAAUGUAUGUACAGUGUAUUUGAAAGUUUAGAAUUAAUUAGCUUAGACUAGAGGAUUUAGGAAUAUUUGAGUGGGGAAAAGGGGAGGGGGAAAUGGCAAUUGACAUGCAGAAUAUACUGUAAACGUAGCUUGUUAGUUUAAAGAAAUGAAAUGGAGGUCUGAACUUUGCUGUGCAUUUCAUUUAUUUUUUUUAUAGUGGCUUUAUCUUGUUAACGGUGAUUAUUUUUGCCUCUUCCCUCCCCCCAAAAACAAUUUAUGUAGCUGGUUAAUUCAUAUAGCUGAGAAGAAGGCAAAAUUAAUCAUUCCUGCGGUCCUGAGACUGCAGCUCUGUAUAUUUCAAGACAAAUUGUACAGUCUGUUCUUGAAUUAUUGAGCAGUUUUAGGCAGUUUACAUAAAAGAAGUAGGCUUUUAAUUGUGUAAAAGAAUUUUGUUUUGCCAAACCUAGUAACUGUUAAAUGUUUGGAGGAUUUAAAAACCCUGUUUGGAUCUAUUUCAAACUUUUAAAAAAAAUUUUUUUUACUGGUUUAUGUUUUGUUUUUUUCUUCUGCUAAUCUUUUAUAUUCACUUACUCUGUAGUACUUUAAGUACUUUUAUUCCAAAACUAGAGGGUCUUCUUUACUGGAAGUUUUAAAUAAAACCAUUGUUAUUGCUUACUUUGAUUAA